AUGGAGUUUCCUAAUCAAGGAUCCGAGUCAUCUUCACAACUUAAGAAAACUGGAAGAGGAAAAAUUGAAAUCAAGAGGAUCGAAAACACGACAAAUCGACAAGUCACCUUCUGUAAACGGCGAAAUGGCCUACUUAAGAAGGCUUAUGAAUUGUCUGUGUUGUGUGAUGCUGAAGUUGCUCUUAUCGUCUUCUCGAGCCGUGGAAGGCUCUAUGAAUAUGCAAAUAACAGUGUUCGGGCAACUAUUGACAGAUACAAGAAAGAUUGUGUCAAUUCCUCGAAUUUAGGAUCUGUUUCUGUGACUAACACACAGUUCUAUGAGCAAGAAGCCACCAAGCUGCGAAAACAAAUUCGAGAUAUACAGAAUACAAACAGACAAAUUCUUGGCGAGGGUGUUGGCACUUUGAAGUACAAGGAACUCAAGAACUUAGAGAUGAAAGUGGAGAAGGCCAUUGGAAGAAUUCGUUUGAAAAAGAAUGAACUACUGUUUGCUGAAAUUGAGUUCAUGCAGAAGAGGAUAGCUGAGACCGAGAGAGCACAACAGCAAAUGGACAUGAUGCCAUCAUCCGAAUACCAGCCUAUGACUUCACAACCUUACGACAUUCGGAAUUUUCUCCCGAACCGCCGCGUCCUCCACCGAUUCGCGUCCUCACAACCACCGCUAGGUCCGCCCUGUUCAGCCCUCACGUCUAGGGAGCCAGGGACCACUGCGCGUCUGCUAUCUGAAUCACCUCUCACUCGCCUCUCUGCGACGCAUGACUCCGCUUGGCUCACCGUCACAGCUAGUCCUCCACCGCCAAACCGUCAGUCCUCACCACCGCCAGUUGGCCCGCCCCGUUGCACCCGCGAUGUCAACCUGACUGCAUGGGCCUAG